GCCAUGGCCAGCUUCGGAUUCCUACGUCACGUGAUCGUUUCGAGGAAUCUCCGUCUACUCACUCUGCCUUUGCUUCAAUCCUCAACAACUCGACGCUUCUCUUCGACCGCCGUUCCGGCCCAACCCCAACUGGAGGAGCUAGUUGAAACUGUAUAUGAUAUUUGGAUUGAGUUAAUCAGUUAGUUUUUGCGCAUUGAUCGCGAAUCUAACUAUGCCGGCCCAUGUUUUUCCCUUUAAAGCUGAGCGUUGGGUUCAUUGGACUCGGAAAUAUGGGGUUCCACAUGGCAAGCAAUCUCAUAAAUGCUGGAUAUAAAGUCACCACAUAUGACAUUAAUUCUGCUGCAAUGAAGAAGUUCUCUGACAAAGGAAUCUGUACAAAAGAAACAGCUGGUGAAAUUGCAGAGUCUAGCGAUGUUGUAAUCACAAUGCUUCCUUCCUCCGCCAAUGUCUUGGAUGUUUAUACUGGUCAAAAUGGAUUGCUAAGUUCUGGAAGUCAUUUGAGACCUUGGCUAUUUAUAGAUUCUUCUACAAUAGAUCCACAGACAUCCCGUGUGCUUUCUAAUAAAAUCUCAAAAUACCCUCUCAAAGAAAAGAAAGGGUAUGUAGAAAAUCCCAUUAUGCUGGAUGCUCCUGUCUCUGGAGGUGUUCUUGCUGCUGAAGCAGGGACACUUACUUUCAUGGUUGGUGGUAUGGAAGAGGCUUAUAUAGCAGCAAAGCCACUAUUUUCUUCUAUGGGUAAAAAUACAAUUUAUUGUGGUGGAAAUGGCAAUGGUGUUGCAGCAAAACUAUGUAAUAACUUGGCCAUGGCUGUUAGUAUGCUUGGGAUCUCAGAGGCACUUGCUCUUGGUCAAAAUCUAGGAAUCCCAGCUAGUACACUGACAAAAGUUUUCAACUCUUCAAGUGCUCGCUGUUGGAGUAGUGAUAGUUACAACCCAGUUCCUGGAGUGAUGAAAGGGGUGCCUUCAGCGAGGAAUUAUGAUGGUGGAUUUACAUCCAAACUAAUGGCUAAAGACUUGAGUCUGGCCAUGUCAGCUGCAGCCGAGGUUGGAUUUAAGUGCCCAAUAACCUCUGAAGCGCAUAGCAUUUAUAGAAAAAUGUGCGAGGAAGGCUUUGUACUUAAGGACUUCUCCUGCGUCUUCCGCCAUUACUACUCGGGCAAGGAUGAGGAUUAGAUUAAGCGGUGCAGGGAAGAUUUCUGUACCAAAAUGUCGAAUAUGUAUGCGAUAACUGGAGUUUAUGUGAACUUGCAUUUUUUAUGCUUUCUAAGGAAUAAAAACAUUCGAUAUCAGUGUUUUUUUUA